AUGACACCACCUACUACAAAAAAGGCAGUUCAUUCAAUGCAAACAGAUGAAUCCAAAGGGGAUUCAAAAUGGUGGAUAUUGCUUAUACUAUUAACAGUUCUUUCAUUUGGGACUCGAUUACAUAAAGUGGACGAGCCAGAUCAUGUCUGUUGGGAUGAAACACAUUUUGGAAAAAUGGGAAGUUGGUACAUAAAUAGAACUUUUUUUUUUGAUGUGCAUCCUCCAUUGGGCAAGAUGUUGAUAGCUUUAUCUGGAGUCUUAACUGGAUAUAAUGGUAGUUUUCCAUUUGAAAAACCAGGAGACAAGUAUGAAGGAGUCAAUUACGUCGGAAUGCGAGAGUUUUGUACAAUUUUAGGUGGAGCUUUAAUACCAUUCACAUUUAUAUCUAUUUGGGAAAUAACACAUUCAUUAAAUGCGGCAACUUUAUCAGCUUCUUUAGUACUAUUUGACGUUGGAACAUUAACAUUAACUCAAUAUAUUUUGCUCGAUCCCAUUCUGUUGUUCUUUAUGUUAGCAUCAUUUGUAGGGAUUUGCAAGUUUCGUUCCGCUGCUUUAUCUGAAUUUAGAGUUAAUUGGUGGUUUUGGUUAAUAUUUACUGGUGUAACCAUGGCCUGUUGUGUAUGUGUUAAGUUUGUUGGAUUAUUUCAAGUGACAUUUAUUGGAUUGAUGACAAUAGUUGAUCUAUGGUUUAUACUUGGAAAACUUUCAAAGCCAAUAAGUUAUACUGUGAAACAUUUUGUAGCAAGGUUUGUUUGUCUUAUAAUUUUACCAAUACUAGUGUAUGUUGGAUUUUUUUACAUACAUCUAUUUAUACUCAAUAAAAGUGGUAAUGGCGAUGGAUUCUAUAGUUCUGCUUUUCAAUCAAAAUUACAAGGAAAUUCAUUACACAACGCUAGUAUGCCAAAAGAUGUAUCAUUUGGGGCAAUAGUAACAUUAAAAAAUCAUAGAACCGGUGGUGGAUAUUUACAUUCACAUUGGCAUCUUUAUCCAGAGAAUGUUGGGGCCAAGCAACAACAGAUUACUACUUAUGCGCAUAAGGACGAAAACAAUCGAUGGUUAGUAAAACUUUACAAUGAUGAUGAAAAAAUAAGUUUCAAUGACACUGUAAGAUAUAUAAAACACGGAGAUAUGAUAAGACUGGAACAUGUACCAACAAGGCGAAAUUUACAUUCACACCGCGAACCGGCUCCGAUAACAAAAAAACAUUAUCAAGUCACCGGUUAUGGAGAGAAUGGUACUGGUGAUUACAAUGAUGUUUGGAAAGUAUUUGUCGAUGGUGGUUCAGAUGGUAAUGUUGUCUCAGCAGUAACAAGUAAAAUCAAAUUAGUUCAUGUUCUUCAACAUUGUGUGCUCACAACAAGCAACAAGCAAUUGCCUAAAUGGGCAUUUGAACAGCAUGAAGUCACUUGUAGUCCAAAUCUAAGGGAUACAAAUUCAUAUUGGAAUGUCGAGGAUAACAUAAAUCCUAAGCUUCCAAAUGUCAGUUUUGAAGUAUAUUCCCCAAAUUUCUUUGCCAGAUUCAUUGAAUCACAUGCUGUUAUGUUCCAAGGGAAUGCUGGUCUUAAACCAAAGGAAGGAGAAGUAACAUCUAAGCCAUGGCAAUGGCCAAUAAACUAUAAGGGGCAAUUCUUUUCUGGUAACAAUUAUAAAAUUUAUUUGCUUGGAAACCCAGUUAUAUGGUGGGGAAAUAUAGUGGUUAUGGUACUGUACAAUUUAAUUUCAAUUUGGAAAGCCAUAAUCAAUAAACGCAGGAGUAAUCAAAAUGAAGCUGAUUCUAAAGAACAGUUACUGACUACUUGUAACUGGCUAUUUAUUGGAUGGGGACUACAUUAUAUACCGUUUUACGCAAUGGGUAGAGUCUUGUACUUCCAUCACUAUUUUUCAGCGUUUUUAUAUAGCUCAAUGUUAACAGGUGUAACUAUCAGUUAUUUAUUGGAAAUAAUUAAGACACCCAAGCCAACCCUUAUUCGGAAAACAAUUUAUGAUGGACUCAUUGGACUCAUCUAUGCAUCGGCCAUUUAUAGUUUUUAUCUAUACUCUCCUCUUGCUUAUGGUAUGUCAGGACCAGUUUCCACAGAACAAAAUAGUACAAUGUUUGGAUUACGCUGGCUUGAUUCUUGGGAAUUCUAG